AUGUCCACCCCAUCGGCAUUGCCCGUCAAUGCGGGCGAUCCCCAACAGAACGACUCUGUGCCCGCUACCACCACAGCAGAAAAUGCUAAGACGGCGACGACCACCGCAGCGGCUGUCCCAGAGACACCAGCGCAAUCUGCAGACAAGCCACAAGCGCAACCUCAGCAACCAAAACAAGCAAUUGACGAUGACGAUGACGACGACGAAUCGGACCUGGAUGAAUUGGACGAUGUCCUCGACGACUUCAACAAGCCGAAGCCCGCCCCCGCCCCUGCCCCCAGCGCUCCAUCUCAACCUGCGACCGCACCAGAAGCCGAGGACUUCGACGAAGAGACUUUUAUGAAAAUGCUUGAAAAAGACAUGGCAAGUAUGAUGAAUCACGCUGCCAAGGAGUCCGGGACAUCGGACGACAAGGGCUUCGAGGAUACCAUCAACCAGGGCGCGGAUGCCUUCACGAAGCAACUAGAGGAGAGCGGGAUCCCGCCCGGUGACUUCAUCAAGCAGCUUUUGGCGGAUGUAAUGGCUGAAGAAGAGAGUGGAGGAGAUGCUACCGCUGGAGCUGCAGCAGCACCAUCGACCGGCAGUGCUGGGUCUUCAUCGGGUGGGGCUGGAGCUGGAGCGCCGCCUGAGUCGUUUAAUGAUGCUAUUCAGCAGACGAUUAACCGUAUGCAAGAGUCCGGAGAUAAAGCUACGGCGGCAGCGUCGGAAGCUAAUUCGGACGAUAUGCUGGCGAAGAUGAUUAAGGCAAUUGCGGCCGGCGCAGAUAUUGGAGAGGAGGACGGGGGAUUUAUGAAUAUGGUUGCGGCAAUGAUGGAGCAGUUGUCGAACAAGGAAAUGCUGUAUGAGCCGAUGAAGGAGCUGAAUGGGAAGUUUGGGCCCUGGCUGGUGGAGAACAAGGGCAAGGGGAAGUUUUCCGAUGAGGAAAUGGAGCGGUUUGAGAAGCAGGCGACUCUUGCAUCGCAGAUUGUGGCCAAGUUUGAAGAGCCAGGUUACACGGAUGAAGAUCCCAAGUGUCGCGACUAUGUGUGGCAGAAGAUGCAGGAGAUGCAAGCUGCCGGAAGUCCGCCGGAAGAGCUCGUCGCGAAUCCUUUUAGCGAUGACAACGUAGGUCCUGCCGGUAUGCCGGACUGCCCCCAGCAAUAA